AAUACACCGGACUGAAACAACAUGCCCGCACCGAUUCAGAGCCCCGCCGUCUUUUUCCAACCUGCCGAGAGCGCGAGACAUACAAGAGCUAGCAAGAGCAUGGCCAUGGCGCCGUCCUCGAAGCCGGCCAAGACCACGACGCCGCACAUCCUGCUCCUCCCCUACCCGGCGCAGGGUCACGUGAACCCGUUCCUUCGGCUGGCCAAGGCGCUGCACGCGCGGGGGCUCCACGUCACCUUCGUCCAUACGGAGCACAACCACGGCCGCCUACUCCGUUCCCGCGGCCUCGGCGCCGUCACGGGCGCCGCCGACGGCUUCCGGUUCGAGACGAUCCCCGACGGGCUCCCCCGUUCCGAGCACGACGCCACGCAGGACAUCUGGGCGCUCUGCGAGGCCACGCGCCGGGCGUGUCCUGCCCACCUCAGGGAGCUCGUCGAGAGGCUCGGGAGGACGGAGGGGGUCCCGCCGGUGACCUGCGUCGUCGCCGACGGCGCCAUGGGGUUCGCGGUGCACGCGGCCAAGGACAUGGGGCUGCUGGCGUACCUCUUCUUCACCCCCAGCGCGUGCGGCUUCUUGUGCUACCUCAACUUCGAUCAGCUUGUCAAGCGAGGAUACGUGCCAUUCAGAGAUGAGAGCUACUUCACCAACGGGUACCUGGACAGCCCCGUGGACUGGAUCACUGGCAUGAUCAGCAACCUCCGCCUACGUGACUUCCCGACGUUCAUACGCACCACCGACGCUGACGAUGUGAUGCUGACCAUCAACAUUAAGCAAUGCGAGCUCGACGCCCCCGCCGCUGACGGUAUCCUCCUCAACACCUACGACGACCUCGAGCGCGCCGCGCUGGACGCCAUCCGCGAGCGCCUGCCCAACACCUUCGUCCUCGGGCCCCUCGGCCCGGAGGUCUCGCCGCCGUCGUACCUCCCCUCCCUCACCUCGAGCUUGUGGAAGGAGGACGACCGCUGCGUCGCAUGGCUAGACGCGCAGGCGGCGGACUGCUCCGUGAUGUACGUCAACUUCGGGAGCAUCACGGUCGUGACGAGGGACCAGAUGGUGGAGUUCGCUCGGGGGCUGGCCGACGCCGGCAGCCCGUUCCUGUGGGUUGUCCGGCCUGACAUGGUGCGCGACGACGGCGAUGAUGAUGGCAAGAUGCCGGUGCCGGAUGGGUUCGCGGAGGAGGUCGCGGGACGAGGGCUGAUGGUUGGGUGGUGCGACCAGGAGGCGGUGCUGGGCCACCGCGCGACCGGGGGUUUCCUGAGCCACUGUGGUUGGAACUCGACGUUGGAGAGCCUGUGCGCUGGCGUGCCGAUGUUGUGUUGGCCCUUCUUCUCAGAGCAGGUGACCAACUGCCGGUACGCGUGCGAGGAGUGGGGUGUGGGCGUCCAGAUGCCGCGCGAGGCCGGGAGGGGAGAGGUUGAGGCUGCCGUUAGGGAGCUGAUGGGCGACGGGGAUAAGGCGGCGGCAAUGAGGAGGAAGGCAGCGGAGUGGAAGGAGAAGGCCGUGAGGGCGGUCGCGGCGGGUGGGUCCUCGCAACGGGACCUCAAAAGGUUCGUCGACGAAAUUGCGCGCGUCAAGGGAUAGAGGACUCGUGUCAUGCAUCCGGUGUGUUCUUGCUUCGUUGUGACCUUUGGUGAAUGGUUUAUGUGAAGAUAUUGUUUGAACUUGUCUUGUAAGCAGCAUAUAAACUUUUAGAUCCACAUUGAACUUGGGACAAUAUAUAAUUUUUGUUCGGGCUAGAAAGUUGGUUCAACUUCUUCGAUGCUAGUCGAUUUUAGGACGAGGUUGAAGACCGACCCCAGGCAAGGUCAAGCCAUGACCUUGCAGCGAGCUGCACGUCCUAGGCGGAGACAAAGAAGCGGGUUCACCAGUGCGGGUCAGUGGAGGGGGCUUAAAGUGAUGGCCGCCGUGGCGACAAGCACGAUGGUUGGGGGCGGGCCGGCGGCCGGCGGCUGCAUUUGGAUAGGGCGGGCAGGUGAGGGCGAGCAGGAGGAAGAAGAAUGCACGGCGGUAGUUGGAUGUUUUUUUGUGAAUCGGUGGUAGUUGGAUGUCAACAGAAUGUUCCAAAAAAAAAAAUCGCCUGAUCCAGAAUUUUUUUGGGGCAUAUGAGGUAUAUCCAUAUUUGUUUGUUCGUCCUAUUCAACUUCUUCAAUAUGUUUGCUUGGCAUUUGCCAAGAACAAAGGUUGAGUUCUGAGUUCAAUUCUGGUAA